GUCAGCAAGUUUCUUGCUCUUCAGUCUUUCCUCUAGGGUUUAGUUUGAAGAAGAAAAAAUGGGUGAGAGAAUAAGUGAUGGUGAUAAAAUGGAAGAAAUAAUGCUGCCAGGGUUCAGGUUUCAUCCAACAGAUGAAGAGCUCGUUGGGUUUUAUCUGAAAAGAAAGAUUCAGCAGCGUCCUCUCUCAAUAGAGCUGAUUAAGCAACUGGACAUCUAUAAAUAUGAUCCAUGGGAUCUUCCAAAACUAGCGGCCACCGGGGAGAAAGAGUGGUAUUUCUACUGUCCAAGGGACAGGAAAUACAGGAAUAGUGCGAGGCCAAAUCGAGUAACUGGGGCUGGAUUUUGGAAAGCCACAGGAACUGACCGCCCCAUCUAUUCGUUGGAAGGCACCACCAAGUGCAUUGGGUUGAAGAAAUCUCUUGUUUUCUACAAAGGUCGAGCAGCCAAAGGGGUGAAAACUGAUUGGAUGAUGCAUGAGUUUAGGUUACCUUCUCUCACCGACUCUGCACCUCCAAAGAGAUACCUUGACAAAUGCCUUCCUGCCAAUGACUCGUGGGCGAUAUGCAAGAUAUUCAAGAAAACCAACUCCGCAGCUCAAAGAGCUCUUUGUCAUUCGUGGGUUUCUCCGAUGCCCGAAACAUCGUCGAUAUCUGAUAUGGUUAGUAGAGGUUCAAACAGUUCUCAGCUUUCUUCAGACAACAUAGUCUUGACCACAAAAACCAGUUCAUCACCUGUCCAGUUUAACCUCAACAACACCGAUCUACUACAGACAUGUUCUGCUGCGUUUUCUCCUCUAAACUUUCUCCCUUACAAGCCCAUCAUCAACCAGAUGGCUGCAGAGAAGCUUCCUCAAGUACUUCCCAUGUCCAAUGGAGACCUAACGAGCCUUAUUUUUGCGCCUAUCGAUCAAAGCUCACCGCAGGCGCGAUCGGAAGUCGAUGUUACUUCGGUGUUGCUAAACAUGUCGUCUUCCAUGCUAGGAGAUUACUUUGAUGGUGGAUCACAAGAUCAUUGCAAUGGUGGCUUCUCUUCAGGGGUUUUCCCCCAUGAGACGCAAGGGAACAUGGUGAUCAAUAAUGAUGAUCAUUGCAAUGUCACCCAUGUUGCUGAUCAGUGGGAUGUUGUUCGAUCCAUUGGAUUUCCCUUCGGUUUUCCUUUUCCCAUGAGUGUGGCGGACGCUUGGAAGCCAAGCAUGCCUUGGGAUUCUUCAUGUUCUAGUGAGAUGUCAACAAGUUUUUCCUCGACCAAGUGUCACACUUGA